AUGCGCGCUGUAGCAGGCGGCACCCAAUCCUUCUUCGUCGCUGCUCGUGCACUCUUCUUUCACUUCUUUUUUUCCUUUCCAGUUUUCGCCGAAUUACUUGGGGGUGAGCCGUUUUACCAGCAUAGCGAAGGCACUGCCGGGAGUCCAGCAUCGCUGAGCCGUCGUGUGAAGAUGCGAUGUUGUCGGACAAUGCACGGACUUGGUGAAUGGUCUAACGGACUCUCCAUUUUGAGCGAUGCUCUGACGCAAGUAAUUGAAUCGCGGGGAACGGGGAAGGACAAUGUUCUGAGAGCACCACUCCGUUGUGUUGUGGCCAGCCGCUCCAUUUGUAGGGGCGAGCAGCUUUGCGUUGUACCAGAGUCGCACAUACUACAUGGCGAAAUUGCUGACAGCGUUCUCCAGCACGCUACCGCGGGUGGAAAUUUUACAAGCUACGCUGAGCUAAGGCGCCGCCUGGCGACUGUGAGUGGGAUGCCACACCUUUUAUCAACACGUGAUUCGUUACUGAUCACACUUGCGCUCUACACCCUCAGGCAUGGCGGAGUAAACCACCCACUGACUAAGUGGGUUUCCAGCCUCCCACCACGCGUACCACCGAUGGGAUUGCUCUUACAGUUACAAGAGAAAAGGGCGUCUGCCUUUACGCCACUCCAGCGUCGCUUGCGGGCUGGCACCCGCACGGCACUCAUUUCAUCGCCGCUGGAGCAUGCCGACACGGACGUGGCGACUGUCGAGUUAAUGCUGCAGGCCGCUGAGUCUUGCGGAAUUGAUGCCGUCAGCAAACCGCAGGUAGAGGUAGUAGCAACGGAACCGCUGAUCGCGGCGUUCUGCCGUGGUAAGAGGCACCCACUAACUCAGCGACAACAUGAGGCAAACCUCGCAAAGAGUCGGGGCUCCUUAUCAGCGGCGCAACAGCAGCUGGUGCAGCUAGAGACGUCAGUCUACUCUGACAUUCUUACACCGCUGCAAAGGUGUAUGUUUGCUGACAACUUGUUGCCAACCCCGCCAACCUCCACCACUAACCAGCCCGGUGACGACGAUGCUGGUGGGGACCCCAAAACUAUCGAACAGCUUCGUUGGUCGCACUUUAUGAUGAGGUCCCGUGCUGUGAAUUUGCACUUUAUCCCCCACCGGCAGCAACAGCGCGCCCAACCACCCAAAGUAGCAGUGGUUCCCUUUCUCGACAUGCUGAACCACUCCGUCCGCAGUCACAACGUGACAUACCGCUACCGCUCUGGCAUUGGUGUUGUUGUGGUAGCUUCGCGGCUGAUCAAAAAGGGGGAAGAGCUCACGCUUAACUACGGGGAUUUCAGACAACGUGGUUGUCUGUUCCACGAGCCGUCAUGCUGUGCAGGUGCGGAUGUAAUAGACGGUUCAGCAGCUAUGCGUCUCAUUGAGUCUCGCCAGAUGCAUGAGUGGGACAAUGCAGCAGAUAGUAGUCUCGACGUGGAUCACCCAGAAGACGCACCGUUUGGUCAGGGCCCGGAGCGACAGCAGCAGCGCGAUGGUAAGAGUAACCUCGGAGAUCAAAGCGACUACGGGGAGGAGGCACGGAUGGAAGCGACGUGGCUUUGGCGGUUUGGUUUCCCACGCACUGAAGAUGAGAAGGCGUACGUGGCAUCGCAUCUAUGGAGUAAGGGGCUGAGGCGUCGAGUUGCGCAGCUCACUGAUGUCCGGCGCCGCGGACGCCCCGGUGAAUUUGUUAUAGGUGUACCCGAGGGCCUCCAGCACUUGCGAGAGCAACGGGAGCGGCUUGAGCGUGAGCGAUUUGGCGGGGUAAAGGUUUUUCCACCCCAAAACGCGUAA